AUGAAGCUAGAAGCCAGUGGUGCAACAGCCACCUUAGAGGUCCCUAAGACGACUGCUCCAGAUGGACCCAGUUCUGAAACCCAACCAUGGAAGACAGGGGCCAAGUCCAGGUCUGGCUCUGGACCUGAAGCAGAGAUGGAGCCAUUGGACUUCGUGGCAGCCAUGGAACUGGAGUUUGAGGAGGUGCUGGCCAUCUUGAGCAUGUCUACGAUGGCCUUGACUACUUCUGAGCUGACACCGCAGCGGGCUCUGGGAUCCCGACCACACUGCGGCGCUGGCCAAUCGCAGCUGGUCAGGCGACAGCACCCGGGAGUCAAGGUGGCACAGCUUACCUGAGGCGACCAGCUGGACCCCCAGGAGCUAAAGAAGCAUCACUUAAUCACCAGGCAGGUAAGGAUAAAGGAUGGCCUGUCUCUGCUGGGACAUAAAGGCGUCCAUCCCAGCCCAGAGCAUUUAUGGCGGCCAAGGGCCUGGACACCGAGGGCACCCACUCAUGCUGGGUUCGGCCCUCCUCCCGGUCUGCACCGCAGCCACAGCAAUGGUGCCACCUCAACAUGGCCGCUGCAGUGCCAAGUUCCGCGCUUCGCCAGCCUCAGCGUCAUGUGCCAGCUCUCCCUGGCACCCCAGCUGUGGCCACAGCUGGCUCAUUUCUGCCAGGCUGGCCUGGGGCUUGAACUGGUCAAGGGUUCUACUAAACAUCUGGGGCUUCUCCCCCCAGUGCAGAGGGAAGACGCUCUUUUGAUUCACACCCUUCCACACGUAUCCCACACCUGCCACUUCCGAGUCGCACCCCCACUCCCUGAGGUCCCCCCUAACUCCUACCCUUACCGGGUGUCCAUUCCCACCUUCCCUUUUCUCUUUACCUCUGUCUCCUAUCUUGUCUCUAGCAUUCCCAAAUAUCUUUGCCUAAAUCCAGACCUGAACUGCUGUUUUUUCUUCUAGGUGGGGCCAUGGGGUAUUGAACCCAGGACUUCCCUACUGAGCUAUACUGUCCCAUCCCUUUUUUAUGUAUUUUUUUCUUUUGAGACAGGAUCUUGCUAAAUUGCCCAGAGUUUGCUCUAACUUGCUAUCGUCCUGCUUCAGCCUCCUGGAGUGAUGAGAUUACAGGCUCACACUAUCACAUCUGGCUGUGAACCGCUGGAUUAGAGGGAUCCCCUUGCACUGCUAUUUAUUAUCCAACUUCUCCCCUUCCAAGAACUGGUCCCUUCCCGUGGGCGGACCUGGCCUGGGAGUGAGCUCCGCCCUCCCUGGCUUCUCCCUUCUGCCCCCUCGUGGGUGAAAGCGGGUAGAAGUCUGUCCGGGCCCAUCUGUUGCUCCUCUUCCCCGACCCUUUCUAAAACUUCACAGCCGCCAUCACUCCCCUCCUCCCUGCCCCCCUCAGCCUUCUGUGCCCCUAGAUCAGGGCCAUCUCCCUGAUUCUGUCCCCCACCCCCUCCUCCCUGGACCUCCCGCACUCUUAGCUCUUUUCCUGCCCUUCCGUUUCCCUUCUCAGCCUCCACACAGGCCCAGCGUGCAGUACGGAAAGAGACCUGUAAAUGAAAUACCGAAAACGUCCCCCUAUUUGGUCUCUGUUUACCUCUGCAGUACUUUCCUGAGCCUGCCCCUCCGACUUUGCCGGACAUCGCAUCCC